AGCACAUGUGCCAGUAAAGUGCAAGUACAGUUGCCACACUACAGGAGAGAAACUGCAAAGAAAGAAAGAAAGAAAGAAAGAAAGAAAAAGAAAGAGAGAGGAAAAGAAAAAAAGAAAACUUUCUUCUGUCUGGAAACAGAAGGAGCUUGAAGACAACGUGUCAUCACCAUAAAUAAAGAUCAUUGAGUGGAAGAGCUCAACUCAUAGCGGCCAUGGCUCCCAGCUUGGAACAGGCAUACAGGAGGAGGUGGUGGAUGGCUGUCACAGCAAUUAUAGAGAACCUGCUAUUCUCUGCCGUUCUGCUGGGCUGGGGAUCACUGCUCAUCAUGCUGAAGAACGAAGGCUUCUACUCUCAUCUUUGUAUUGAAAAUGAGACUGUCAACACCAACAUGACUUCCAUGGAGACUGUUGGCUGGCAGAGUUGUGUGGAGCAAGAAGAGAUGCUGAACCUUGGCUUCACCAUUGGCUCCUUCCUCCUAAGUGCAGCUACUUUACCACUGGGUAUUUUAAUGGAUAGAUACGGGCCACGUCCAUUGAGGCUCAUUGGCAGUUCAUGUUUUGCAGCCUCGUGUGCAAUGAUAGCUGCUGCUGCAUAUGACCCUGAAGUGCUGUCUGGCCUCAUCUUCCUUGCUGUCUCCUUCAACGGCUUUGGAGGAAUCUGCCUGACCUUCACCUCACUCACACUGCCUAACAUGUUUGGGAAUGUACGAUCAACCAUCCUCUCCCUGAUGAUUGGCUCCUACGCCUCUUCAGCUGUCACCUUCCCUGGUGUCAAGUUGAUUUAUGACCUUGGUGUGUCAUUCCGCACCAUCAUGUGGGUUUGGUCUGGAAUGGCCUGCCUAGUCUUCAUGAACUGCUUCCUAAACUGGCCUGCUGAAUCCUUCCCUGCGCCUGAAGACGUCAGAUACAUUAAAAAAGUGAAGCUGGAUGGAGUUGUGACAGAGGACAAGAUGACUGGGGACAGGUAUGUCACCCAUGUGACUGUAAUGGAAGACAUGAUGGGACCUAAGGAGCCAGAAACCAUGCAGAAAGACUCCAAAAGCACAACCCAGGGCUCAGUGCCACUCUGUCAUUCUAUCUGCUCUCCUAUCCUCCUUUGGAGUCUCAUCACCAUGUCUAUGACCCAGCUGAGGCUGAUCUUCUUUAUGGGUGCCAUGAACAAGAUGCUGGAGUUCCUGGUCACCCACGGCAACCCCAACCCCUCAGAAGAGCUGCAGAAGGACGUGGAUGAACAAGUUGGAUUCUACUCCUCUAUCUUCGGUACAAUGCAGCUGCUGUGUCUACUGACCUGUCCUCUGAUUGGCUACAUCAUGGACUGGAGGUUGAAGGAGUGUGAAGAGGAAAAUGCAAAUACACAAACAGAGAUAAGCCAAUCAGACCGCCCAAAAAGAGACAGAAAGAUCCAGAAACUGACCAAUGCCAUGAGAGCUUUCAUCUUUACCAACAUCCUAUUGGUCAUCUUUGGAAUAAUUUCCUUGAUUGACAACCUGCCCUUACAGACGGUGUCGUUUGUUCUCCAUACCAUAGUGAGAGGAUUUAUCCACUCCUGCUGUGGAGGUCUCUAUGCUGCUGUGUAUCCAGCCAACCACUUUGGAACACUGACAGGCCUGCAGUCAAUGGUCAGUGCUGCUUUCGCCUUACUUCAACAGCCACUUUUCAUAUUGAUGGUGGGACAUCUCAGAGGAGAUCCUUACUGGAUCAAUUUGGGCCUUCUCAUCUUCUCUCUGGCUGGUUUCCUGUUGCCAGGCUAUCUCUUCUUUCACCGUAGAAACCUGAUCAGGGCAAAUGCAGAGCAUGAUAGGUUGGGUGCCAGCCAUUCAGACAAAGAGAAUUCUCCUCUCACCCAAUCAGAUAGUGGAACUGCUAAAAGCCAGGCCAAUGGGCAUGCGGCUAAUGGAUACACCCUGAAUGGAUAAACUGACUGAUACCAGUGAAAUGAUCAGUUCAUAGAACAGUGUUUUUGUGAUUACUGUUCAGUGUAUAAAUAUUCUGAGGAUAUAAAUGGUUUGAACACUAUGACAUCAUCACAAAAACACACAUAUUGAGCACAUUUUUAUUUUAUCCUUAUUUAAAACAAGCAAAACACAAUUUGGCAAAGUUCACAAAUGGGAUGGAGUAUAACACGAAUGUCAAUCUUUAUCUGACAUGUAGAGGCUCAGUGGUUAGCACUGGGCCCUCACAGCUCUGCUCCUUCCAGCCUGGAGUUUACAUGUUGUUCUCUUUUUCAUGGGGAUUUUGCUUCUCCAAAAUUCCCUCUUCAUUUUGUCCUGAACAUUGUCCCCCUGUGUCCACUUGAUCUGGACGGUUGAAACUUCAUUUGAACCCCAGAUAAACAGUUGAACGCAUUUUAGAAAGAAAUAUUUAAGGAAAUGCAUGUUCAUAUGGAAUCUCAAAAUAAAGAGAUGUUUAGAGUGAAACUCUAACUGGAAAAAAAUACAUACAUCUAUAUAAUUUUGAAUCUUAUGAAUGAAAAGUAGAAUCAUUAAUAUUGAAGCACUCAGGGAUUUUAUCCUUUGUCCAUUGAGACCAGGAGCUAAAUGUUCCUGUUGCUCCAAACUUCAGCUCCACUAACUGCCAUUAGGUUCUUUUACAGUGCAGUCCCGCAAGUCCCCCCUUAGGGCAUUCAUAGUGAUCCCGGGAAGGUGUGAUAUUCAUGCCAAUUCAUAGUGCAGUCCGGCAUCGUGGAACGAGGUGGGAGGAGACGAUAGUGACGUGACAGAGCAGCAGCAGUGCUGCACAUUAGCAUAGUGCUAAUAUGCUACACAGUUAGUUCUGUAGCAGUACAGUGUGUAUGUGUUGCAGCAGUAGUAUGUGAUCAGUUAGCGACCUCCCUUUGUUUACAACAAGCACCAGACACUGUGCACAGUUAGCGGUGCCGGUUUGUUUACAACAAGCACCAGACGCUGUGCACAGUUAGCAACGGUGGCUGCAGUUGUUGUACAUGCUGCUUAACAGUGAUUCGAUGACUGUCGGACAAAGUAUGAGGCGUGUAAGACGUCAUGCGCGACGUCAAAUAUUCCGCCUUGCCGGGAUGCAAUUAACCUAUGGGUAAGCCCCGCCCCCUCCACUCACUCGGACAAACAGUCAACAUUCGGUGACAGGCGCUAUGGCAGCUGUCACAGUAGGAGACAUUUUACAGGAGGCAAUUGAUAAUUUUUGGAGAACAAGCCUUUUUACCAUCUUUACCAAGAGUACCUCUCCGUUAGUUUGGUGCUGCGUUGUUGACCUACCUUAGAACAGAUGUAGACAUCCUGGUUAAUUUUAUCCACCUUUAGUUGGUGUUGAGGUCUACCGCAUAACUUUAUCCAGAACAGACACUUAUCUGGGUUGAGAUGUGGCUUGGGAAAGGGUAGAAAAUCCAUCCCGUGGCACAGCGUUUGACCAUUUUAAACUAAAAAUGUCAAGAAAAAACGAAUGAAAACUGACCAACUCCAAUGCAUUUCAAUGGAAGCAGAGAAUGUCCAAGUGUAUUGGGUUAGCUAUGCGCACUGUGAUUGGCUCAUCGCAUUUGGGGGCGUGGCUUAGCCAUAGGUCAAUUCAUAGUGGUCCCACUCCCAACAGUCCUACCAAUUUUCUGCCACUCACUUGAUCCUGGCAUCCCGCUUCUGGCGCUUUCAAAGUGCAGAUGAGAUGUUAAGGGGCCGUAAAUGUAGCGGCUAAAAACGGCACUAUGGAUAGCAGUAACACAGUGUGGCUUUAUUUUCUGAUGUUAAGAUAAUGCACCCAAAGAAAAGCAGCACCGCAGCCACACUGGUAUGAACAUACAGAAUAUGACAGUAUUGACUUAGUAUUUUCUACUCUCGUGCAUAUUCUGCUAAACGCAGAAUGCUCACAUGAAAACAAACAUGAAAUGUUUGGGUUUAUCUGACUUUAUGAAAUUAACAUGAAUGCUCAUUGCUAAGUGCAACAAAAUAAGGGAGGAUCUUUUCUCUCCUGAUUUUAGCUUGUGUUAACAUGGGACUUUAGGUUAGAGUUGUAUUUGCACAACUUUGGUAUAGUUCUGUCCAUGAUGAUCUGACAUUACUACGACUGUAACAGCUGUGAUUAAAUCAUUUCACAGGAUUAUUUUAAUUUAAAUGGAAUACUGUGAGUUAAUAUUCUGUUAACAACAUAGAUUUUUAGUCCGAAACCUUUGAAGGUAAUUUGAUAGAAACAUAAAACAGCACAAGUCCAAUUUAAAUCCAGUUUUAUUUGGACUUGUGCUGUUUUAUGUUUUUGUCCUCAAAAUGAAGAAAAAAUAAACCGAGACAUUACUCAAAGCAGGAAACAGACUUUUCUAAUUUUUGUACAUUUAACAAGAUCUCUCAACUGUCUGAAGCUGUCAGCUUGUUUUUCUCUACACUUUCACCUGUCACAUUGUCAGUUUGAUAUAUGGUGCCUUAACAACAGCUAUACUGACAGUCUCAUAGCAACCAUCGUAGCACCUCUGUGAUAUUUGGAUUCGAUCCUAUAAAUGUUGAUUGCAUUAAAAAAAAAAAAGUAAAAGUUUUUGAAAGUUUCAAACCUCAGAGACUCAUCCUCACCUGUGCAGGCACAGCUAAGGAGUUCAUACAAGACUAGUGUAAUAUUGUACUUCCUAAAGCUAAAGCUGCUUUAUCUUAAUGUUGCACAAAGCCUUCUUGUUACUACUUUCAGCCUGAGAGGACAUUGUGGCCUCCAGCAUGUAUAGUGUUAAUACAGAAAUGUUCAAUGAGAAAUUGUAUUUAGUGAUUACAUGACGAUAUGUGAAAAAGUUAAAAUGUGUGUUUGGAUGUGUGACUUGCUUCGGAAGUGCAAUCUGCUCAUGUUUGAGCAUGCUGAUUUAAAGCCAACAUACGCACAAACCAAGGAGACAGCUUGAUUAAAAAUAAUCUUUUCUCCUGUGACAAAGGUCUAUAGAAACACCGAACAGAAUAUACAGCAGAACAUACAAAGUAGGAAGAAGCUGCUACAGUAUGUAAAUGAUCUAAACUUGUGUGACCCUGGGAGGAGAUUAAACCCAGAUAAACUAGAAUUAUCCUGUUAUUCUCCCAGAUUUAAGUCAAACUCAUGUAUUGAUUAUUUCCUGAUUUCCAACUCUAUGCUCCCCUCUGUGAUAGAAUGUAACUAUGGCCCUGUUUACACAAGGGCUAAAAACAACAAAAUAUUUAAUCAGAAGUGCCUUUAGUUUAGACGGUGACGUCGUUUUUGGGGCAUAAAAAUGCAAAAAAGUGAAACCAGCCUCCAGAGUGUAAAACUGUAAUCCGCUCCGCCGUAGCGUGUCCGUCUACACUGCCAAGACACAAAACUCUGCUCAGAUCUGCUCACGUCACGUACGCGUUUACAUCACAUACAUGCUCCAGUACAGGGAAAUAAACAAACAUGUGGGAUUAUUUCCAUAUGUCAGACCUUCAAGCUGCUCUGGCAGCUCUAAUAAACUUACAGGAGUCUUUCCACCAAAUGUACAGGAUAUGUACAGAUAGUAUUAGUGAACAGAGAAGGAUCUGGAAUGAUCUCUAUCACAUUUUGGAUGCACCAAUUGGUCAGAGGCGAGCCAGACGGCUUUGGACGAGACCUGGGAGAUCUAGUGGUUGGUGGAGAACUUUGUGGAAGGAGUAGCUGAUGAAAAUACGUGGCGUGAAAACUUCCACAUGCCCAAAGAUGCUCUUAUGGCACUAAGUGAUGCCGCCUGGCAUGCAUACCCAAUCCAAUUCACACACUUUAGCCUCACCGUAUGCACGUGAAACGUAAAACGCUCGUCUAAACGCAGAAUAAAAAGUGAAGACGCAACGCCACUUUUGCGUCUUCUGAUCAGACCGUCAUCAUGUAAACGUAGCCUAAAACAGUAUAUUACUGCCAGACCACUCGCCUACUUUACUUGAAGAGCCCAGGGGGUAAUUAAAGGCACUCCUAGAUGGAGAUAUCAUCCCAGAUGGCUUACCAAUUUGAACUUUCUACAGUUUUUAGAGGCACAAAUUGAGUCCUUCUUCAAUACAAAUACAGAUGAAACCUCUGCUAUUGUCAGAUGGGAGGCCUUUACGGCAUGAUCAUAUCUUAUACCAAUUCCAUAACAAACAAACUCAAGUUGAAAAUGAAUGAGCUUGACCACAAAAUUAGACAAUUGGAAAGAGAGGCCUUUCUGGAUAGCUCAACAAAAACAAAACAAGAAUUAACGUUACGUAAAGCCCAAUACGAGGAAUUGUCCACAUAGAAAGCAGAAAAUAAUUUAAUCCGACUCAAACAGAGUUAUUAGAGGACCAAGGUGAAAAACAGGGGAGAUUGUUGGCUUGGCGAAUAAUGAAAUUGGAUGCAGUGGUGCAAUAUCAACAGACCCUCAGGAAAUGAAUGAUACUUUAUCCAGCUACUAUGAAAUAUUAUAUACAUCUGAAUACUCAGAAAAUUUGGAAACACAAUCUAAAUUCCUGGACAGUCCAUACCAUUUCAAAGGACAUAUGGAUAGGGAACAAGAUGUCACAGAAAUUGCCGAUGCCAUUACCAAUAUGAGGGGCGGUAAAGCUGCAUGGCCAGACGGCCUCCCAGUUGAUAAGAUCUUUAAAGAUAAAUUAAUUCAACCUCUUUUAGCUAUGUAUGAGGAGGCCUUUAACAAAGUCGUCUCCCAGAAUCCCUGAGGAGUGCGCUGAUAUCACUUAUUUUGAAACCCAAUAAGUCCCAUACUAAUUGCACAUCAUAUCGGCCUAUUUCACUGCUCAAUACAGACAUUAUUGCUAAAGUAAGGGCUAGAAGACUGGAAUCGGUGCUUCAGAUUGUUAUCAAUUUGGACCAGAAUGGUUUUGUGAAAAACCGUCAAGCCUUUCAUAAUGUCAGAAGGGUGCUGAAUUUGAUACAUUCGAGGGAGGGAACCCCUGACACUGCCAUUCUAUCAUCGGAUGCUGAAAAAGCCUUCGAUAGGGUGGAGUGGAGCUAUUUAUUUGAUGUGUUAUCACGCUUUGGCUUUGGUAACUACUUCUGAAAAUGGAUUUUGACACUUUAUACUGACUCAGAUCUGGCUGAGGUACCUGUCAGGGGUGCCCUCUCUCGUCAAUGCUAUUUGUUUUGCCAAUGGAACCAUUUGUGAGAUCACACACCUCAAUUUCAGGUAUAAAAAUAUCGGACACCAAACAUUGUAUGCUGAUGACACCCUCUUACUUCUAACAGAUUUAAAUAAUUAAAUUAGUUAUCUUGUUAACUUAAUUGGCACAUUCUGAACAUUUUCAGGCUUUAAAGUAAAUUAAACAAAAUCCUCUAUCAUGUUUCUGAAUAAGCAGGAGCGAAUAAGUCCAGUGAUAAACCACAAUUUCAGUAAUGCAGUAAAUGGAUUUAAAUAUCUUGGUAUUACCAUUACCCCAACCAUCAAGGAUUUAGUAUCCUGUAACUAUGAUCCUGUAAUUUUCUCAGUAACUGAAUCCAUGAAUAGUUGGUCAACAAUGCCAAUCUCCCUUUUAGGAUUUUUUUUUUUAGGAAUAUACUACCUAUGUUUUUAUAUCUAUUUCAAUCUAUCCCUUUAUCACCACCACCACACUACCCUACAAAACCUAACUGCAGUAAUUACAUUUUUGUAAUUACUGCAGUUAGGUCAAAAUCAAAAUUGAGUUAUAACUAAAAAAAAAAAUAGAACUGCUUGAUGUUUGUUUUAUCAUGUGACAAAGUUUUAGAUUUCAAUUUUGCUUCAUUUCAGAUAAAUAAUUAUAUAAAAACCACAAAAUCCAACUCAAAACCAAGCAGUAAUUGCAGUUACCAUAGUCUGCUUUGGAUAUAUAUACUAAUUUAAACAUAAAAAUAAUAGAAAUUAUAAUUUUAUUUUAAAGGGAAAUUAUUAUCUAGAUAGUGAUGAAGAUAAAAAGUGAGAUAAAAUGAUAUUAAGACUAAAAUAUAACAUUUCUUGAUAUUAAGUCUAAAAUACACAAAUCUUGGAAUAGAGUUGUUAAACACUUUUAACUGCACUUCUAACAAAAUCAAUUUGAAAAUGUUUAUUCACUGAAAAAUAUAAAAGCUGAAAGAAGUCAACAACAUUGUAGUUACUGUAUUACUAUUAGAACCUUUUACAGCAAGACCAGAGUGCAGUAGCUACAUUUUUGGGGUCAAAGGUCAAAUAAAUCAUCAUGAUUCUUCGCAUAAAAAUUACACCAUCAAUACAUGUAGAAAUAAAUGUCAUAUCACUUAUCUAUAAAUAACCAAUUUGGCUGGCAGGUUAAACCACGUCAAUUUUACCUUUUGCGUAGUUACUGCAGUUAGACUUUGUAGGGCAGAACAGUUCUUCUCAAAAAUGAAGCAAAUAUUUACAAAGUUUAUUUGGAAUAACAGACAAAAAAUAAGCAGAUGUCCCCUUGAUCCACGAUAUUUCUGAUUAGGUAGUUCUUCUUAGAAAGCAGCUUUUAUUUUAGACUGUUUCACUUGUUUGAUAGAAAGAUUCCACGGCUUUUGCUUGAUUUCAAACAUUUUAAGAAAAAUAUUGUACAUACAGAUAAAAUUAUUUGUAUCUGUAUCAAGAAAAGUACACUAGUUUAUAGUAUGACUUUGCUGGUUUCAAGAAAUAUAAUGCCUCUGUAUAUCAUCAUGUCAAGAUGAUGGCUCUAGCAUUUAUUUAUUAUUAAUUCAAUAAUAUUUUUCAACAUUCAGAGAAAAUAGGUCACAUGUAUUUCAUUAGAAUCAAGAAAAAUGCACUCGAUAUUAGUUACAAUACACAUAUUCUAAGGUAUUUGUGGGUUCAUUGAGAUUAGAUAUGUUUUACUUGUUUUGGAAAGUCUUGACAAGCCAAAUUUUAUUGUUCCAUUGGCAGAUAAUUUUACUAUUUUUAAGCAAAAUAUACCUAUUUUAAAAUAUUUUUUCCCCCUUGUUUUUGAGAGCUGUUUUUUUUGCAGUGGACAUGUGUUCGAGCUCAACUUCUAACAAUAAAUACUCAUCUCAAACUGAUUCAAUAUAAUUGGAUUAUGAGAAUUUAUGUUACUCCAGAAAGACUGAAUAAGAUGAAUCCAAAUAUUGCUGACAGCUGUGUUAAAUGCAAUGUUGAAAAGGCACCUUAUUUCAUUGUCUGUGGGACUGUCCUGGAAUGAAGUUAUAAAAUGUAUUUCUCAGAUGACCUCAAAUCCAAUACCUGACUGUCCCAUACUUUGCAUUCUUAAUUUGUAUCCAAAGGAUUGUAUGUUAUUGUAUUUCUUUCCUUUAACUAUUUAUUGUUCCUUGGGGGUGGGUGGAGUGGAUUCCUUAUAGUUUGACUGUUAAAUGCUUUGUCAAAUGUAUUAAAUUAUAAUUUUGUAAACUGUUAAAACUCAAUAAAUACACGUCUAUUAAAAAAAGAAAGAAUACACAGCAGGUGAACCUUUAAAUAUACAACAGAAACACUGGCCAAAUUCAGUAGUCUGCAGGCAACUGGACAUUAUAUGCUUCACCAAGGUUGUAUUUAUUGUGUAUUGUUGCAUUGGCUUACAUUUGCAUACUGUGUGUUGUUAUUUCAUUGUUUGUUAGUGGUAAUUAAAUUCAUCAUCCCUUAUUUUGGAUCAAUAAGAUAAAAUCAAGAUGGAAUGUAAUUAUUUUUGAAAACUUAAUGACGAGGGAGAAUGCAAUUUAACAUAAUUGUUUAGUGUAAAUACAUUUUGUGUUAUAUUUGUUUCCUGAUCAAAUUGCAUUGAUUUGCUGUGUUCAAAUGUGAAGAAUAAAAUUAAAUAAAAGCAUUGAAUGACAUUCUCUUGAUGUUAUUGUU